GCUGCAUUAAAUGGUUAUGUGAAGACUAUUGAGAUUUUAUUAAAAUAUGGAUCUAACAUCAAUGCUAUUAAUGUAAAAGAUCACACAGAAGUUAUUAGGAUUUUGAUAGAAUAUGGUACUAGUGUUAAUGAUAAUAUUAAUACAUUAUUAUACUGGGCUGCAAAGAGUGGUUACGUCGAGGUUGUUAAUACUUUGAUAAAAUAUGGUGCCAACGUCGAUGCUGUUGAUCAUAAUAAUCAAACAGUAUUACGCUGGGCUGCAGAAAAUAGUUAUGUAAGGAUUGUUAAGACUUUAAUAGAACAUGGGGCUAAUGUCGAUGCUAUCAAUAAUCAUGGUCAAACAGUAUUGCACUGGGCUGCAGAGAAUGGCAAUAUAGAGGUUGUUAAAGCUUUAAUAAAACAUAGAGCUAAUGUCAAUUUUAUCAAUAGUAAUAGUUGUACAGCAUUACAUAUGGCUGCAAGGAAUGGUCACAUAGAAAUUGUUAAGAUAUUGAUAAAACAUGAUGUUAAUAUUAAUACUAUUAAUGAUAAUUAUAGUUCUAUAUCAUUAGUCCUGGCUUCAGAAAAUGGUCAUACGGCACUAUACCGGGCUGCAAGAAAUGGUCACAUGGAGAGUUUUAAGAUUUUGUUAGAACACGGAGCUGAUAUCAAUGCAAUUAAUAAUUUUGGUUAUACAAUAUUACAUUUAGCUGCAAGAAAUGAUGUAUUAAUAUUAUCAUUAACACUAGUACCAUAUUCUAUCAAAAUACUAAAAUACAAUAAAGAAACUUCACGGCAUAAAGAAGCAUUCCUAAAUGUUUUAGGGAUAGAUGAAAAUUUAUGCAAAGUAUAUGGAAAAGUAUAUGGUGGUGUAAAAAAUAAGUUUUUAGUGGAUCACGUAAAGCCCUGGUUAGACUCCUUAAACAAUUACACAACUUGGAAAAUUAUUGAAUAUGAUAACAUACUUCCAAUAUUCAAUAUUUUAGAUGAUGAACUUUGCAUGAAAGUGCUUAAUACUGCUUAUGGCUCAACAUUAUUAUGUGAGGCUGCAUUAAAUGGUUAUGUGAAGACUAUUGAGAUUUUAUUAAAAUAUGGAUCUAACAUCAAUGAUGUGAAGGCCCUCAAUAAAUAUUGUAAAUGCACUUAUUUUGGCUCUUUUAGGCUCACCAUAUUAUUUUAA